UUUUUAGCUGAAGUUGUCAUCUUUAUAUUUAUUAAUUUCUUAUGAUUUAUGUGGCUUUACCAUGUAAAUUUGUGCCUAUGUUCUGAAGCUACCAAAAAGAAAUGAUGCUUCUUUUUUCUUUUUAAUAUUUUACAACAUUUAUUGAAGAAAUAAGUGAUUUUCCUCUGGCCACCAUAUCGUAAUUUAUUUGAUUUUUAUCUGAAGUUGAAACUUCAUUGGUAUGUAUAUUGAUUGAUUUAUCAAUUGGCAACCACAACACAGUUUACUUCAAGUGCUUUUCUAUAAUUUCUUUUCUUUUCUUUUCCUUUUUUUUGGGGCUUUCCUUUAUUUGUUAAAUUUCGUAGACAUUAUAAUGGACUUUAACUCAGCAAUCAGCAUUGUUUUCCUCUAACGAGAAUGUAAUUAUCUGCAAUUAUGACACUAAAUUAUAUCUAACAAAAGUGUGGAAAUCCUAUGUCUUAAUUGGACAUAACCUUUGUUUUUGACAAUGCCAGCUGCUAUCUGAAGCUGAUUAAAGCAAAAAAGGAAAAGGAUUCGAGUUUCAUACUUUCAAGGUUUCAUACAAUCCAUGGCUAAUAAACAAGAGGAUAAUAUUAUUAGCUUGGUAGUCUUGGUGGACAAGGAGAAAAAAAGGGUCAUUUUUGCUGAGUCUGAUGAUGAUUUGGUCGACACUCUCUUUAGUUUUAUGACAAUUCCUGUGGGAACAAUUAUCAGGCUUUCCUCUGACAAAUCAGCAGUGAAGAUAGGUUGCAUAAACAACUUAUUCAAAAGCGUUGAGAAUAUUGACGAUAAGCAUUUCCAUUCUAGAGCAUUCAAGCAGAUGUUGCUAAGUCCCCGCAAUAAUGCCGAAUCUCAUUGCAGUAAGCUGAAGCUGAAAAUAGAUCAACAGACUACUAGGUACUUUCGUUGCAGCGAAACAACUUGUUUCGAGCUAUUGAGUCAUUACGAAGGUUGUCUUUGUAGAUGUGGAGGACUCAUGGAUGCAGAAGUAUCUAUAAGAAAAGGAGAGUCGAAAACGCUUGAUAAAGAUGGAGGUGUAUUUGUCAAAGGGAUGAGCAGAUUCAUAAUCAGUGAUGAUCUACAAGUGAUGUCCAUGUCCACUGCAGCAAGCUUAUCUUUGGUUUCCAAGCUUGGAAUUAUGGAUUGGAGUGGCAUUGAGAUGAACAUUUUCACUUUAGGAGUUGGUGAGGUUUUGAAUUUGCUUGUGUGCUCAUUAGUAUGUAAAACACCAUUGACAGAAACUCUUUUGAAGCACAAACCAGCGACCGAGUUAGACACAGGAAAUUUUGUUCAAGGAAAACCUGUUGAAUACCAAAUGGAAGACAAGAAGAAUAUUCGAAAUGGAAAGAUCUCUAUCAAGCUUAUGGUGAGCAAAUCUAAGAAGAAAGUUUGUUAUGCAGAAGCAAAGAAAGACUUUGUUAAUUUGCUCCUCAGUUUCCUAACCAUUCCACUUGGGCAUUUUUUGAAACAAAAAUGUAGCAGUUCUUUGAAUGGAUGCAUAGAUCACUUGUAUAAGAGUGUACAAGAUCUUGAUGAGCAAAGCUUGAAGUCCAAUUACCACAAAGAAAUGCUGGUCAGUCCCAAGCUUGCCUCUGGUAUUGGUUAUGAGAAUGAUUUAUUAGGUAUUGAGGAAGCCUCACAUCCUCCAUAUUACCAUACAUACGGACGCUAUGGUGAAUAUUUUGUAACCAAUGAUAAAAGUCUUAUUCGUGGUACAGAGAUAACUGAACUGAAAGUUGUGGAUCCAAAACCUCAUAAUGAAGAUGGUGGAGGAUUUAUAACAGGACAGGCAAUUUUCAUAGUGACAGAUAAUCUGAUAAUAAGACCUAUAUCUUCAAUCUUAGGCCUCUCCAUUCUCAAUGACUUGAAGAUACCUUUUAAUGACAUUGAGGAGCAAACUGUGCUUGUGGGCAAGGAGGAGGCUUUGAGUCUUUUACAGACUUGUCUUGCAUCGGAAUCUGCUCUGACCAAAGCCUUCAUUAGGAGAAAAUCUUCAGUACCACGAUGGUACCACAUCAUACUAUGCAACAUCAAAACAUUUAUUGCUAUCUGUUUAAUAUUUGUCACAUGUAUUGCCACCUGUUAUUUUUUAUUUUGAAUUUUCUUCUCAAAAAUUAAAAUUUUAAAAAGGUUUCCUUGCACAUUUUAGAAGAACGAGGUUUUAUGUUCCGAAUUAAAGUUUCUCUUUCAUGGUU